AUGCUGAGAAACAUGUUUCGGAAGAGACUUUUGUCUCAUUCUGCAAAAUACUACUUCGUGGCUCUUGUCCUCUCUUUAGUCACCUUAUCUGUCCUAAGAAUUCAUCAGAAGCCUGAAUUUAUUAGCAUCAGACACUUGGAGCUUGCUGGAAAUGAUGCUAAGAGCAAUAUUAAUUACACCAAAGUUUUACAGAGAGACCCAGAUGAAAUCCAGAAGGUGAAGCUUGAGUUACUAACAGUGAAAUUCAGGAAGCGCCUGUGGUGGACACCGUAUGACUAUAUAAACAUGACCCGUGACUGUGCCUCUUUCACAAAUGCACAAAUAUGUUGUAGAACCCUUAGUAAAGAGGAGGUAGGCUUUCCAAUUGCGUAUUUCAUAGUGGUUCAUCACAAGAUUGAAAUGCUUGACAGGCUCCUGAGGACCAUCUAUAUGCCUCAGAAUUUCUAUUGCGUUCACGUGAACAAAGCAGAGGAGUCCUUUUUAGCCUUUUUAGCCGUGGUGAUGGGCAUUGCAUCCUGCUUGAAGAAUGUCUUUGUGGCCAGCCAGUUUGAGAACGUUGUUUAUGCGUCCUGGAGUCAGGUUCAGGCUGACCUCAACUGUAUGAAGGACCUUUACAGCAUGAGUGCAAACUGGAAGUACUUGAUCCACCUUUGCGGUGUGGACUUCCCUUUUAAAACCAACCUGGAAGUGGUCAGAAAACUCAAGUCAUUCUUGGGCGAAAACAACCUGGAAACUGAGAAGAUACCUCCAGACGAGGAAGAAAUGUGGAAAAAACGACACACCAUUGUUGAUGGGAAGCUGACAAACUCUGGGGUAGCCAAAGCAGAACCCCCACUCACAACUCCUCUUUUUUCAGGCAGUGCCUACGUUGUAGUCAGUAGAGAAUAUGUAGGCUAUGUGCUAGAAAAUGAGAAUAUCCAUCUCAUGGAGUGGGCACAGGGCACAAAUAGCUCAGAUGAGUACCUCUGGGCCACCAUCCAAAGGAUCCCUGAAGUCCCUGGUUCUCUCCCCUCAAGCCAUAAGUAUGACUUGUCUGACAUGAAUGCUGUCGUUAGGUUUGUCAAGUGGCAGUGCUUUGAAGGCGAUGUUUCCAAAGGUGCUCCUUACCCACCAUGCAGCGGAGUCCAUGUCUGCUCCCUGUGCAUUUUUGGAGCUGGUGACCUGAGCUGGAUGCUUCGCAAACACCACUUCUUCACCAACAAGUUUGACAUUCAUGUUGACUCCUUUGCCAUCCAGUGUUUGGAUGAGCAUCUGAGGCAUAAAGCCCUGGAGACCUCAGAACACUAA